AUGUCAUCGACCGCCCACCGCCGUCUGCUCCAGGAAUACCGCAUGCUCACCAAGAACCCACCCGAUGGCAUCACCGCUGGCCCUGUUUCCGAGGACGACCUGUUGCACUGGGAGGCCAUGAUCCAGGGGCCAGAAGGGACACCCUUCGAGGGUGGCGUGUUCCCAGCCGAGCUCAAGUUCCCCGCGGACUACCCGCUGGCGCCGCCGACGAUGAAGUUCCUGGGCGAGAUAUGGCACCCAAAUGUCUACCCCAGCGGCCUGGUGUGCAUCUCCAUCCUCCACCCGGCCGGCGACGACCCCAACCACUACGAGCACGCCUCGGAGCGCUGGUCGCCCAUCCAGUCGGUCGAGAAGAUCCUGCUGUCCGUUAUGAACCUUCUGGCCGAGCCUAACGACGAGAGCCCCGCCAAUGUCGACGCCGCCAAGAUGUGGCGCGAUCACCGCCAGGAGUACGACAGGAGGGUCAAGGAGAGUGUCAGGCAGUCGCUAGGGCUGUAG